AUGUUUCUGCUUUUCUUUCUUUCUUUCAUUUUUUACAAUUAUCUUUCUGCUUUUCUUUCUUUCCUUUUUCUUUCUUUCUUUUUUCUUUCCUUUUUCUUUCUUUCUUUCGUUCUAAUUAUCUUUCUGCUUUUCUUUUUUUCUUUCAUUCUUUCUUUCUUUCUUUCUUUUACAAUUAUCUAUCUGUUUUUCUUUCUUUCCUUUUUCUUUCUUUCUUUCUUUAUAAUUAUCAUUCUGCUUUUCUUUCUUUCAUUUUUUCUUUCUUUUUUCUUCUUUCUUUCUUUUUUUUUUUUUUUCUUUCUUUUACCAAGUUAUCUUUUUCAUGCAUCCAAAAACGCAAUUCUUUUUUUUUUUCUUUCUUUCUUUCUUUAUAAUUAUCAUUCUUUUUUUUUUUCUUUUCUUUUUUCUUUCUUUCUUCUCUUCUUUCUUUCUUUCUUUCUUUUACAAUUAUCUUUCUGCUUUUCUUUCUUUUUUCUUUCUUUCUUUCUUUAUAAUUAUCAUUCUGCUUUUCUUUCUUUCAUUUUUUCUUUCUUUCUUCUCUUCUUUCUUUCUUUCUUUCUUUUACAAUUAUCUUUUUUUUUUCUUCUUUUUCUUUCUUUCUUUCUUUAUAAUUAUCAUUCUGCUUUUCUUUCUUUCAUUUUUUCUUUCUUUCUUCUCUUCUUUCUUUCUUUCUUUCUUUCUUUUACAAUUAUCUUUCUGCUUUUCUUUCUUUUUUCUUUCUUUCUUUCUUUAUAA